GCCGAGAUAAACUCAACCGUUGUGACGCGGUCAUGGUCCGGGAAGCGCAUUCCCGUUAGGUUUUAGAGCUAUGCUUAUGAUGAUCGCAUCACGGGCGCGCCUUCGUACUGCCGGUGCUUGUGUUUCCUGCACGUCACAUCCGAGGCAUAACACUACCUUGGAAAGCCUUACCUGCCCUUUGCCUUGCCUAUAAUGCAGGUGCACACCGAGCUGUCCCCUGAUCGUUAUACGUCAACCUUGAGGUCUUAGCCAGGGGGGUGUCCUAGUAUCCACGAGGUUGGAAAUGGGGAAAAUUGUUGGAGUUCAGGUUGGAAGGAAAUGGCAGCUAGUCGGGAUCACGAGGAAAUCGAAAUCGACUUGUGGAGCGGUGUACGCUUCCUGGCGCGUGAAUACAAAGAUCAUGGUUUCCCCAGGUCCUACCAGUUUGGGCAGGUUCUAGCUGCUCAGCCCCAACCACUAGGAGUUCAAUUCGUGACGUGUGAGCACGAUAGCACGGUUUAUUCUACGAUGCAUCGCGUCCUCGUCCCUAUUCUCGCCCUUGCUGGCGCCGCUAGUGUCGCGGCUGAACCGUAUAAUACGUUCGACGGCGAUGGAUUUCCUGCUUGUAACGAUGUCGCUCUCGUACACAAUGCUACGAGUGUCGAUGACAUCGUGAGCAUUGUGAAGAAUGCCUCCGCCAAUGGCACGCCCGUGCGAGCCUCAGGCAAGGGCCACAUGUGGUACGACACUAUGUGUUCAGACAACCCGGAGACGAUCAUCGUCCGCACAGAAUUCGUCAACGGAAUUUCAAAUUUCAACCUUGAGGAGGGCGCCGAGUCCGGAACAGUCGACAUCGAGGCCGGUGUUACGUUCCUCCAAUUCGCCGAGUAUCUCCACGACAACAAUGCUUCCAUGGGAUAUACAUUGGUUAAUUGGAAUAUCACCAUGGCCGGUGCAGUAGCUAUGGGAGGACAUCGGUCCGCUAUUCGCGAAGACUCGAUGGUCGCUGCCGGUGUGCUAUCGCUAGACAUUGUUAAUGCGAACGGAGACAUCGUAACUGUCGAGCGCGACGAGACCAAUGACGAUUGGCUCGCCGCUUCAACCUCCUUAGGGCUGUUGGGCAUCAUUGUCCGCAUGAAGUUCAAGAUUUACCCCGAUUUCAAGGUGUUCGCAAAGCAAGAGACUCUGGAUGAGGACGACGUUUUGAAUGGCGACAUCUAUGGCUUGAUUGCGCCCUAUGCAACUGCAAACUUUUGGUGGUGGCCAUACAUGAAGAAGUUCCAUUGGCGAUACUACGACAAAGUACCUCUUACACUUAGCGACCAAGAGGGAUUCCAGAACACAUUCUCCAUCUCGGACACCGAAGCUGCCGUCGCAAAGUCGACUCUUGAGAGUGGAAAAUAUCUCGCGACUUCCAACAUGUUCUUCGAGACUACUGCCUUUACACUAUGGACGGCACCUAACUUCCGUGAGAAGACGACUCAAGAAGCCAUCACAGAGUGGCCCGUCUACGGUUGGAACUACGAUGUCCUAAUUGGUGGUUUGUACCCGGACCAAAAACCCGAGUGGGAGGAAGGCCUGCACGGCGCCACUCUCGAGCUCGCGUUCCCAAUUACGCAAGCCAAUGAUAUGCUUAAGCGCGUGCGGAAAGCGUUCGAUGAUGAGGCGGCGAAGGGCAUUAUCAUGACGAGCACAUACCGCAGUGGCAUCAACAUCAAAUUCGGCAAGCCAUUCUACAACUUCUUAGGCCAGGUUACGUACAACACAUCCGAUGGUGCCGACUGGAGCAAGGGCGCUAUUAUGUUCGACUUCCCUACGUUUAAGCCGACUAUUGGCGACGGAAAGCGCUUCAACGAGGAUUUCUACCCUAGACUUGCCAAGACCCUCAUCGACGAGUUCCCAGCUAGACCUCACUGGACCAAGAACACGCGCGACGUAUUCACCAACGCUACCAAGAACCUAGACCCAGACCACAUUGCCAGAUUCAAGGUCGUACGCGAAAAGUUCGAUCCCAAUGGCAUAUUCAAGAGCAUUAUUGGCGAGAUUUUGGGUCUGUAUGACUGAAUGAAGGAAAUGAAAUAUCAUCAAUGUGUGUGCGUCAGUUUGGACGCCAAGAAUCAUUCAGCAUGUAUUUAGCCCCCCCCCCCCCCCCGUUGUAUAUACGGAUAACAAUGCCUUUGAGCUGACUUAACGUGAUGCCCAUUUUGAACAAGAUCUUUGUACCAGUCAAACACUCUUCAGAAACCGUUUGUUCGUAUUUAGAUCGCCAACGAUUUGUUGUUUAGGGGGCCAAGCCGGCGUUGCGGAUCUUGGUGGUUGCUUAUAUAAAUUAUUCUAAUAA